GAGAUGCUGGCAGGUGAGCUGCGUUGACGUGGAAGGAGUCGGUGGGAAGCUUCUCAGCGCCUACAAAGGGAGUGAGAAGAGAAAUGACCUAAACUAACUUCCAGCCUUUGAGGCCAAGGGCCGGAAGGAGGGCGAGGCCAGAAGUAUGGCUGUGCCUAGGAAUUUGCGAAGGCAGCCUGCAGAUGGGUCCCUUGUGUCCCAUUGCACUCAUCACCACAUUGCUGUGUUCCUGCUUACCUUCUUCAGUUACUCCCUGCUCCAUGCUUCCAGAAAGACAUUCAGCAAUGUCAAGGUCAGCAUUUCCAGCCAAUGGACUCCUUCCGACAUCAAUACCACAGCCCUGGAGCUCCAGCCAUAUGAGCUCUGGAACAGUAGCCAUUUAUUUCCCAAUGCAGAAGAAGCCACUCUUUUCCUGGGGAUGUUGGACACUAUCUUUCUCUUUUCCUAUGCCGUGGGUCUUUUUGUCAGUGGCAUAGUUGGGGAUCGCCUGAAUUUACGAUGGGUCUUGUCUUUCGGCAUGUGUUCCUCUGCUUUAGUGGAGUUUGUAUUUGGCACUCUCACAGAAUGGCUGCAUUUCUACAACAAAUGGUUCUACUGCUGCCUCUGGGUUGUGAAUGGCUUGCUGCAGUCCACUGGCUGGCCCUGUGUUGUUGCCGUCAUGGGCAACUGGUUUGGAAAAGCUGGGAGGGGUUUUGUUUUUGGACUCUGGAGUGCCUGUGCAUCAGUGGGGAACAUUCUGGGAGCAUUCCUCGCCUCCUGUGUUCUGCAGUAUGGCUAUGAGUAUGCCUUCCUGGUGACAGCAUCAGUGCAGUUUGCUGGAGGAAUCAUUGUCUUCUUUGGACUUUUGAUUUCCCCGAAAGAAGUGGGCCUCCCUGAACUUGGAGAAGAACAGGAGGGCAGUGCUGAAGAAGAUGCAAACAAACCCUUAAUCAGCAAUAAUGAGGAGGAUGAGGAUGAUCAGAAUUACUCUAUUCAAGCACCUGAUACUAGCAACCAGCCCAAGGCCAUUGGCUUUUUCCAAGCUUGUUGUCUACCAGGUGUUCUGCUGUAUUCCCUGGCCUAUGCCUGCUUGAAACUAGUGAAUUACUCCUUCUUCUUCUGGCUGCCGUUCUACCUCAGCAACAACUUUGGAUGGAAGGAGGCUGAAGCUGACCAGCUUUCAAUUUGGUACGAUGUGGGAGGAAUCAUAGGUGGGACAAUCCAAGGCUUGAUUUCCGAUAUGCUACAGAAGCGAGCUCCAGUGCUUGUGAUCAGCUUGCUUCUGGCUAUAGGGUCUCUCUUUGGAUACAGUCGUUCUCCAAACAGCAAACCCAUCAACGCGUUCAUCAUGGCCAUUACAGGAUUUUUCAUUGGAGGCCCAUCUAACAUGAUCAGCUCUGCGAUUUCCGCUGACCUGGGACGUCAAGAAUUGGUCAAAGGAAACAGUGAGGCUCUGGCAACAGUCACAGGAAUUGUGGACGGAACUGGGAGCAUUGGAGCUGCAGUGGGCCAGUAUCUAGUUUCUUUGAUCCAGGACAAUCUGGGAUGGAUGUGGGUUUUCUAUUUCUUCAUUCUUAUGACAAGUUCAACAAUCCUGUUCAUCUCACCCUUACUAGUGAGGGAAAUUAGAUUGCUCCUGCAUGACAGACGCUUGCGUAUGCGGACUGGGUGA